CGGAGCAGACGAACUAUUUGCAAAGAGGACGCUGGUUACACUCCCGACUCCAACGACAUUUUAUUUAUUUUUUUUGAUUUUAAAGUUAAUUAUUAUCGCUUACAAUUAUGUGGAAAGUGUCGUGAAAUGCUAGAAGAUGUUCUCGACCGACAGGGAUCGCUUCCACAGGGCUGCUAGGGAUGGUUAUUUGGAUUUAUUAAGAGAAGCCAACAGACGAGAUUGCAAUGCUCCAGACGAAGAUGGAAUGACACCGACACUUUGGGCUUCCUAUUACGGAAAUUUGGACGCUUUACGUUUACUGGUGGGCCGCGGGGGCGAUCCGGACAAAUGUGAUCAUUAUGGAAACACCGCAUUACACUGUGCAGCUGCCAAUGGGCAUAUCAACUGUGUGUCUUUUCUAGUCAAUUUUGGUGUCAAUCUUUGGUCUUUGGACAAUGAUUAUCAUACUUGCAAAGAUGUAGCUGCAAUGCAUCAGAGAGAUGAAAUCCUCAGGUAUUUAGAUGAAGUGAUUUCUAAACAAAGUGCUCUCAAUAAGAAAUUAGUUCAAAAAUUAAAAGAAAAGGCAAUCAAAGAUGCAGAAAAAAGGGUAAAAAAUUAUUCAAAGUUACAAACAAAAGCUGCAAGAAGAGCAGAAAAAGAGGAAAAACAUCUUGAAAAGCAAAGAAAAAAAAUGUCUUUAAAUGAAAAUGAUCAACUUCCAACAAAAAAUAUUCUAGUUGGAUUGAAAAGGGAUUCUAAACUCCACUUCUCACCAACUAAAUAUUCUGAAAUUGUUAAUACAAACAGUUCUGUAACUAGGAAAGGGCUUGGAGCAGUUUCUAAACGUGUUCAACACAAAAAACAAUCUGCAUCAACAGGAGGAGAUUUUAAAGUCAGAGAGAAUACAGAUGAAGAAGGUAAAAGAUCGGUUCGUUCUUUAUCUGGAUUGCGUAGGGAUUCCGAAGUGAUGUAUGUUCCAAAAUACGACAGUCCGGCAGGACAAAGACGGCACAUGAAAGAUGUUUUCACAAAUGAAAAAAUUCCCCGCGCUAACAGUGAACCAGACUUUAUACAUGCAACAGAUUCUGGUAUUGGUGACGAUGUUGCUUUGGCCGAACCAGCAAGCAUAUUUGAAAGACCGGGUUUUGGUAGUGUGGCAUUUCGUACUACUCUACUUUCUCUACCAAAUCCAAAUCAGGGAGUAGACGGCGACGAUUCCGGCAGAACGUCAGAAAAAGGUUCUGACAUUAGGACUGAUGACAGCAUAGGAAGUGCUGGCAGUUUAGCUCAAAGAAACUGUCAGAUGCCUUGGGAAGAUGAUUUGAGGUUAGAUGAAGAAGAAGAUCUAGAUACAUCACCUAUUAUUAUUUUCCUGGCUGCUCAUGGACUUACAGAAUAUAUUCCUCUAUUCACUAAGGAAAGAAUUGAUUUAGAUUCACUCAUGCUUUUAAGCGAAGAUGAUUUAAAGAGUUUGGGACUUCCUCUUGGGCCAAGAAGGAAACUAGGUAAAGCAAUGGAUCAAAGAAAAGCAAUUUUAGCUUGCCCUGGUAAUCUAGGUGAUUCAAAACUUUAAUUAAAUUUGUUGUUACAAACUUUUUAUUAUUAUUCCUUGGAAAUGCAUUCUGCAGUAUGUUUAACUGAUUUUAUAUGCAUUGAAAAUUUCUGUACUUUAUAUGCUGGACAUUUGGUGCAGAGAUUUUUUGUUAUUUCUUUUUAACAUUAAAUUUGAAAUAUUCAUUAGUAGUAAUUUUUCUUAUUAGAAUUACUACGUUAAAUAUUGAUCUAAUUUUUUGCUUAAGUAGAAUUUUGCAAAUUAAAUUCAUCCAUAUAAUUGAAGGUGGAAUCAAACAUAAUAUUGAAUUCAGUUUUGUCAUAUUCUAUAUUAUGCAGAAAUAUUAGAUUAAUAAGCUUUGUUAUUUCAGGUUUAAUAUGUAUCAGAUUUACUCUUAGAAAAUACCCCAAAUUGUGAGAAAAACCUAGAAAGAAUACAAUUGACUUAUUGUUUUGAUUCACCGUUACGAGCAUUGACACUCGAGUACAUAAAAAUUGAUCAUUGUUCAUUUCAAGAAUUAAUAAAAAGGGAAAUUUUCAUUCAGGGAAAAAUCGUAGUAAUUUUUCCUGUGAUGUUUUUUCCAAAUGUAAUAUAAAUAUAACAGAGAUUAACUUGUUUAUUGAAGCAUUUCUUUAACAUAUUUUGAUUUUAUGAAAAUAGUUUAUCAAAACUUACCUCAUAUGAUAAUCAACAUUGUUGUUAUUAAACUGAAAUUAUUCUUUUCUCAUUCACAUCUGAAGUUA